AUGUUGACCGUCCCCGACCUGCAGAGGAUGUUGGAAGAAAAUGAAGAGAGAGCACAGUGUGCCUCGGACUUUUCCAUUCCCGUCUUAUUUCUUUUUCCUACUCUUGCCUUGUCCAGCGCCCCGUGGUUCCAAGGCCUUGUAACACUCGGGCACGGCAUGUUGGAUUCCCACAGCUGCCGAGGCCGAGAGGGCCAGUGCCGCACGGCUAUCUGCGGCCUUUUUGAUAUCUCAAGUUGGCACACACACAGAUCAUGCCCUCAUGGGCCUGUCAGUUCACCCGCUUGGGCCCCUGUCGUCUCGGCGGUCCAGCGAACGGGCGGACACGGCCUCUUUGGCUGUGGCCGUACUGUACGAGUCUCCCAACCCCCCGAUUUGGGGUGGCCCUCUUCAGCCUCUCCCCUUGUAGAAGAUCAGAUCGACACCCCCGUGGACGAGGAUGGCCCGCUGGAUGUUACGGACGACGGGUCGGCCCCCUUGCUCCUUGGCCGAACGCCGCCCGAGAGCGGACGCCCCGCGCCGCCGGGCAUGGGCGUGUGCGUGUGUGUGACGAUGUGCCGCAUGUUAUACGCCCACACCAUACCUACUGGCAGAACAGGUCUAGAUCGCCCCUUCAAGGCCGUACCGAUAAACGGGAGCGAGGGGUUAAAGAGGGAUCUCUCUCCCUACCCCCCUCCUUCCGAGACCUCUAAGAUAAGUGUCUGGGCCACGUGGGAGGAGACGCGCGUGCCCAAGAUGGACUGGAGCGGGCGUCUGGGUUGGUCUGCCUGGGUUGGUCUACCUGGGUACAUGUCUCUAGCAGGUCCCUGGCCCGCGGAUGCACAAAAUGUGGAGCGCGAGCACGACACCAGCCCAUUGUCGAGUCUGGUACUGGGUGGGGCCCUGCAUGGCGGGAGCGGAUCAGGAACAUGCCGGGCAGCCAGAGCUGACUGUCAGCCAAGGGACCGAACAUCGAUUGACCGUGUGCACGUGCACAGGCCAUGCGUGUGCGGAGCGAACACUCCGGGCCUGUUAUUCGCUGGAGAGAGUGCUAUGCAACCUGAACUGAGCAUAAUGCUUCGAGGGCAUGGAUAA